GGUUCACUCAUUCGGUACCUGUGCUCACAGAAAGUGGUGACCGUGGCUUUUUUUUCUGAUUUGUGAAAAGUUAGCAUAAUAUGCUCCUGGGAAAGAGGAUUGUAGUGGCGUCUUGGCGCAAAAGUUUAGAGUUUCAAGUGCGUAAGAUGAGUUCUACAGCUGAGAAUCCCAUAGUGGAACUUCCUGGUUUAGGACGACUUAGAGGUUCAGUAACACAAAGCGCAUGGAGUGGAAGGAAAAUCUACCAAUUUCUAGGUGUCAAAUAUGCCGAAGCACCAAUUGGUGAACUUAGGUUUAAGGCUCCAGUACCAGUUGCUGCAUGGGAAGGUGUCAAGGAUGCUACAAAAUACGGCACUCCAGCUCCUUCUUACAAUACCAUUCUAGCAGUACCCAAGGAGAAAAUUACCCCCGACCUGGAGGACUGCAUAAAUCUCUGUGUCUACACAACAGACAUAAAUGCAUCAAAACCUGUAAUGGUCUAUAUUCAUGGAGGAGGAUUCUUCACUGGGUCUGCUUCACAGCAUCCGGCGAACUACCUCCUUGAAAAGGACGUCGUCUUAGUAGUGCCCCAAUUUCGACUAGGUCCACUUGGGUUUCUCUCCACAAUGACAGAAACCAUCCCAGGAAAUGCUGGAGUUCUUGAUGUCAUCCUUGCCUUUGAAUGGGUUCAAAAGUACAUAGCACACUUUGGUGGAGACCCUAAGCAAGUGACGGCCUUCGCUCAAUCUGCAGGAGCUACUCUUCUAUCAAUUCUCACGUACAGCGAUCUAGCAAGGGAUGAACUCUUUUCUCGUGCAAUAAUGUCAUCAAGUGCAUCAUUUGCCACCUGGUGCUAUGACUUCAAUUGCGUAUCCAAUGCUAGAGAUAUCGCCAGAAGGAGUGGAUGUUCCAGUAAAGCAUCACUCGAAGAAGUCAAUGACUUCCUUAUGAAAGCUGAUGCCAAGACACUAGUGGCUUCUUUUAUGGCUCACAUGCAAGCAGGUACACCAAAUGGCAUCAACACAAUUGGAGGACAUAGAAUAACUAUAGGUGGACCAUCAAACCUCCUUCCUGAAACCACUUUUCAAUUGAUGCGCAAAGGCAAAGGACGACGAAACCUACCAUUAAUGGCCGGAGUGGCAAAGCAUGAUGCCACAUUCCUUAUCUCUGGCCUCUGUGAUAUCUAUAUGCAUACCGUUGGCUAUGAUAAUCACAAGUUUAACCAGUUUGAACUAAUUGAUUCUAUCAACAAGAUAUUGGGCUCGGAUGAACAAACUGGAGCACUUGCUGCAUUAGCAACAAUGACUCUCUUUGACAUUGAAGAUCGCAAGAAGGGUGACUUCUAUGCUAUGGUAGAUGCUAUAUUCGAUCUAAGUGGAGCUCUAGUGGUCAAAGCACCCGUAAUACGUGAAGUUCAGUACCACAUAUCACGCAACAAGACCCCUACCUAUCUCUAUACAUUCGACUAUGAAGGAGAGCACACGAGAUUUGGAUACGGAGAGGAUACUUCCAAAUACCCAUUUGAUGGUGGAGUUGCUCAUUCAGAUGACAAUAUUUACUUAUUUCCAUGGCCAAAAAGUGUAGCAAAAUUGAAUGAAGAGGAUACCAAAAUUGCCCAGAAGAUGGUAGAUCUCUGGACUUCAUUUGCAAUCACCGGAGUUCCAACAUCACCUCAAGUCUCAAAUUGGCCUGCGAUGGAAAAUCUGGUUGGCCCCUAUCUUCACAUCAACAAAGAAUGCUCGAUAGGAGAUAACUUUUAUGAUGAGUUAAAAGUAAUAUCCAGGGAAAAAAGGAAUCGUAAGAGAAAUCAAGCUCUUCUUCUUGGAAAUAAAUGAACAGCCUAACUUAUAGAUUCUGGACGAACUUCUACUUUAAACAGAAACUUCUUUCCCAGUCAACAGACUUAAUGAGCACUAAGCUUGGAAUGUUUCGCAAAACGGUUUUUUUGUAUUGAAAGUUUAAGAAGUAAAGAGUGAGAAAAUAAUUGAAUAAAUUCUGAAACUAUAAGUUUUUUACACUCUCUCUCUAAACACUAAGAAAAACUUUCGCAUUAAAAAAUGGGUUUACACAAUAAAAAAAAAGAAA